AAAUCGUUCGCUUAUAUACAAACAGCAAAAAAUCAAAACUAUUAUCUUUUCAAGAGGAUGGUUGGAUGAUAUUUAAUAUGCAACAGAUUGGAUAUUAUCGCGUUAACUAUGAUGAUGAGAAUUGGCGAAGAAUAACAAAUUAUCUAAACUCUGUUAAUUACAUGAAUAUUCAUGUUCUUAAUCGUGCGCAAAUUAUCGAUGAUACAUUUCAUUUAAUGAUAGCAGGGCAACUCAAUUCCUCUAUAUUCUGGAAUAUUACAUUCUAUUUGCAUCAAGAAGAAGAUUAUAUAGCAUGGUAUCCUAUGUUUAAAGCUCUGGAACACAUGUUUAAUACUUUUCCUGUAGAACUGUCGGAACAAAAAGUGGUGAUAAAAAUAAGAAACAUAUUAAACUCGGUACUUAGAAGAUUCAAUUAUCAAGAAAUUGAUGCUAGUGACGACCUUAGAAAAUGUUUACGACAAGAAGCUGCAAGAUGGGCAUGCUUUCUCGGUGACUUUACUUGUAAGAAACAUGCCAACAAUAUAUUAAAACAACAUAUCAUAAAACCUAAAACACACAGAUUUUUGCCAUGGUGGAAGGAAUGGACAUAUUGUAAAGGAUUGAUGAUGAUAACUACCAAAAAUGAGAUCUUUUGGCAAUCAGUGUAUUAUAUAGGAUGGAAAAAAAAGGACACUAAAUUUUUAGAAUACUUGGCUUGCCCUGAAGAUACUGAUGUCAUCACCAAUUAUUUAAGAUAUAUACACAAAUCUACAGAACAGGAAUAUCAAUAUCUUUGUAACAGUUUCUUAUAUAUUAUUACAAAGCAUGCGAAGAAUCAAAUUAUACUGAAGUACAUAUUAGAUCAUUUUAACGACAUAAAACCAAAACAUGUUGGUAUAAACGCAGCAUUA